AUGUCAACAAGACUAGACAAUGAGGAGCUACAAAUGGCAGCAGUGCUGUGUCACCUCUUGUGGAGCAGGAGAAAUGCUUUUGUCUUCAAGAAUCAGUUCAUGAGUCCUGAGUCCAUUACAACAAUGGCUCAGGCUGAAGUUUCAGUGCUGAGGGAGGUUAAUUCCAAGGUUAGUAGCAGGCUGGAGGGAGGGGAAUCAACUGCAGUGGUCAGUAGGCAAUGGCAAGUUCCUGAGUGGCCUGCUGUAAAGGUGAAUUUCGAUGCUGCUUUUGAUAAGUCUUUGAAUAGAGGUGGAAUAGGCAUAGUAGUUAGAGAUAGUGAAGGAAAGUUAAAAGCAUGCCUAACUACAUCAAGGAACAAGGUUUUCUCGGCUGCCCAAGCAGAAAAAGCUGCAUUGCAGAGGGCAUUGGAUAUGUGUAUAGACAUGGACUUGACCCAUGUUGUCUUCGAAGGAGAUGCAAAGGCAAUCAUAGAGGCUGUCAAUUCAAGAAAAGAGGAUUUUUCGUGGGGUGGCCAAGAUACAGAUGAUUUGCAGCAAGAGAUGAGGCUUCAUCCGGGUUGGAAGCUGUCUUUUGUUCACAUGUCAGCAAAUGGUGCAGCUCACAAUGCUGCAAGGUUAGCUAUUAGGGAGUCCAACGAGAGAGUGUGGGCUGAGAGUGGACCCUUGGAGGUUAUGAACUUUGUUUUGAGUGAUGUAUCUAUUGCUAUUGCAAGUUAA